GUGGGUGGAGGUGUUGAUCCGCCUUACUACUUGAAUAAGUAACUUGAAGAGUCUGGUGGUCCUGGUGUGGAUGCUAUGUAGCCUCCUCCCUGAUGGGAGAGGGACAAACAGUUUGUGAGCAGGAUGGAUGGGAUCCUUCAUGACAUUGCUGGCCUUUUCCCAGCAUCUUUCUGUAUAUAUGUCUUUGAUGGUCAGUAGGCUGGUAUUAUUGGUGAAGCAUUGGGUAGUUUUGACUACGCAUUAUAGAACCUUCAGCAGAUCAGGACAAAUGAAUAUGGCUCAAUGUUUUGUUACCUGAUGCUGCAUGCUUAGUCAUACAGCAUGUGGUAAUGUAUUAGGCCAUUAACUGUUCUCCUUAGCCAUACCAUUUACUGCUCUCUUUCGUGUAAGUGAUAGGAAGAGAAUCUUGGACAAGUAGGAGAGGAAAGGGGAAACAGCUCAGGGAGUGAUAAGAGGCAGAUGGAUGGAAUUCAUGGGGCAGGUGAUGAGACCUGGUAAUGAAAGUGGGAUAGAAACGGACGAGGAGAACAAAUGGGUGGACUGGGCUGUGUCCACUACUCCAUCCACAGGCGUUGUCGUUUUCAUAACAGGCCAUGAUGCAGCCCAUCAGGAUACUCUUCACUGUACAUCUACAGAAGUUCCAGAGUUUUUGAUGACUUUGCUGAAUCAGAGCAAACUUAUAAGAAAGUAGAGGAUCUGCCUACAUGCUGGUCCUAAGACAGUUGAUAAUACCACCUGAUGAGGACUGGUUCAUGGUCCUCUGCUUUCUCAUGGCAAAACAAUACUGUCUUUCAUAAUCUUAUAAACCUCAAUCAGAUCUCCCCUCAGCCUCUGCCACUCAAGAGAAAACAACCCAAGUUUGUUCAACCUGUUGUUACAGCACAUGUCCUCUAAUCCAGGCAGCAUUCUGAUAAACCUUUUCUGCACCCUCUCCAAAGCCUCGAUAUCCUUCCUAUAAUGGGAGUAGUGUACCGUCUCUUUACGUUUGACCUACCAAGGUGCAUCAUUUCACAUUUGGCCAGGUUAAACUCCAUCUGUUACUUUUUUGUCCAUAUCUAGAAUUUGAGUGACCAAAGUACAUGAAUUGUAUAGAGUAUUACCCCUAUAGUGGUGACCAAUACACAAUAUUAAUGCAGUGAUUGAACUUCACGGUGCUUUGGUGCAGUGACUGACAGUCGCUGCAUUACAGCAAGUCUGCUGUGUAGUGUGACUGACAGCAACCCAACGAUUGAUAGUCCACUCAGAGGCCCCGCCCCUGCUCGGGCAUGCGCAGUGUAUGCCGGAUGGUUCCAUUGCCUGGUUACAGUGCUGCCAUGGAGCCGGGCGACCCCGUUGCCUGGUUACCAAGCUGCCAUGGAGCCGGUGAACCCGAACAGGGCCGUUGAUUCCUACUUGGAGUAUCGGAGGAUUGUUGGUGAGGAUGAUGGAGGGACCCUGUUUUCACCAGAGGAAUAUGAGAGGUACAAGAUAGAAGUGCUGCCAAUAAGAUUACAAAAUCGCCUUUUUGUUAGCUGGACAUCACCCAGUGGGAUCGACUGCAAAUUAGUUGGCCCAGAAACACUCUGUUUUUGCCGGCACAGAUAUAAACAACACAAAACAGAUUUUAAAGAAAUUCCAACAGAGCGUCCCAUUUUGCUGCCGUGCAGAGUGACGGGAUGCAGGUGUAUCGCUUAUAGUUACAUUCCAUUGAAUGGAACUCAGCCAGUCCGCUGCAGGUGCAAGCAUUAUGCAGAUGACCAUGAUGAACUGGCACCUUACAAAUGCAACAAGUGUGCAGGUUGUGCUGGGUUUCACAGCUCCUUUACUUGCGGCUGUGGUGAACCAAUGUAUGCUCAUACAAUGAUAGUUGAGACAAAAGCAGAACGUUUGGCCAGAGGACGAUCUGUGGGGCCUGAUGUUCCCUAUGCUGCCAUGGGUGGACUGACUGGAUUUAAUGCACUGGCAGAAGGAUACAUGCGACUAGACUCAAGUGGAAUAGGAGCACCAAGCAAUGAAAUUCUUGAUGCACCUUCUACUUCUAUGGACCACCCUUUCCUGAGAGCUUUCGCACCACAAAUAGAUGCAAUAAAUGCAGGAAAACCAACAGAUGAUGUUUAUGGGCUAAGUCGAUUUGCCCACCUUCCCACAGCCGAGGAACGAGACAUGGCUUACUUCGAAAGCCGCUAUCAAGAGCGGCUCAAAUUGGAAAAGGCUACGAAUGGUCAAAAAAGGGUUUCUGCACCUAAAGGUGAAACUUCACAACUGACAAAGCCUUCAAAAGGACCAAAAAACAGAAAAUCCUAAGAACAUACACACCAUUAAUUGUUUUUUCCCCUUGUACACUGAGUACUAUCAGUGGCCCAUCCUCUGGAAUAAACACUACAGAUUUAUGCUAUACCUA